UAUAGCUCACAUGAUUGCCCUCGAUCUGCAACUCGUCAAUCUGCUUGGCUUCAUCGCGAGACGUCAAUCAAGUUCGCUUAACCAAGCGUAUGGAUGAGACGCGUAGAACUAAUCACAUUAUGCUACGCCAACAGGUCGCAUUGUACCUGGUCACGUAGCUGGAUGGAAGAAGAGGGUGAGGUGUUCCGCAAGGGCACCGUUCUUCUUGGACCGGAAGAGAUGGAAGGCGAGUACGAUGGCGAGGAGCUACGUAGAGAACUAUUGGAGGCGAUGGUUGAACGCCCACCGCCGAGAGCGGUCCUUGAUGACUUCGGCGCCGAGCUUGAUCCUGAUCAUGCUUCACCCAUGUCACCUUCGACAUCCCCACAGGAGAAGAAGCCGCUGCCUCGACUAUAUAUACGGCGUUCGCGCUCGUCGUCCAACAGUGACUCGCCUCAGGCUAUGUCUUCUACCGACAAGUCACCGGAUGGAUCCGCCGCGUUAGGAGUGACUAGUCCGACUUCGCCGACGUCACCUUCCGUGCAGUUCAAGGCCUUCCUCAGUCGCAGAACCUCGUCCGCGUCAUCAAAUUCCAAGGACGCUGAGUGAGGCGUUGUAAUAACAAUGGUCAGUGCGCUCGUUUCGUCCGGCAUCCCCAACUGAGUCUUUCCUUCAGUCUUUGGAAAUCGCCGAUGAGACAUCUGCACGCUCACAACUCUACUUUGUUGAUAUCCCCGCAUUUUUCGGCUUUCAACGUUGUGCAUUCUGACCAUGGACAUACGCUUUUGGUGUCUUCCUGCUUUGAUUAAGGAAGGCACCGUCAUUUUAGAUA